CUGUCUCUUUAAGGCCCCCCUUCCGAUGAACCCACUCUGUUCUGAUUGGUUAGCUUCCAGAAGUUGCUCCUUGGGAGACUUCCACCAGCUCUGGAGGCUAAGUAAAUAAACUAUAGUAGUAGGAUUCACUUAUUUUUCUUGUUCUUUACUCAAAUUGUCAGCUUUUCAAAUACAUCCAUACAUGUUUGAGUGAAAAUCUGAUUUGAAAUAUGCAAGUGGACACCUUGAACAAUCUUAGCAACAAAGAUAGACAGAACAGCAGGUGUUUCACCUUGAGGUUGAAACUUGUUCUUUUUCCAGAUCGUGUUCAACAGUUUUGGAGGAACGACACCUUUUUUGGCUACCAGUUCCUAAACGGUGUCAACCCCAUGAUGAUCCAGCGUUGUACAGUCCUGCCUGAGAACUUCCCUGUCACUGAUGACAUGGUUUUCCCCACUGGUCGGUGGACAUUAGAGGAUGAAAUGCAGAAAGGAAACAUAUUCCUGUGUGACUACAAGCUUUUGGAUGGAGUGAAGACAAACGUCAUCCAUGACAAGAAGCAGUACCUGGCAGCUCCCCUCGUCUUGCUCCACAGAACUGCUGAUGAUGAGCUGAUGCCCAUUGCUAUUCAGCUGAAGCAGAAGCCAGCAGAAGACAAUCCCAUCUUCUUGCCUACUGACUCUGAGUAUGACUGGUUGACAGCCAAGAUUUUUGUGAGAAGCGCAGACUUCAACAUGCAUCAACUCAAUUUUCACCUGCUGCGCACUCACCUGCUGGCUGAAGUUUUUGCAGUGUCACUGCUGCGCAAUGUGCCCAAAGUACAUCCACUGUACAAGCUCCUCAUUCCUCACACUCGUUACACUCUACAGAUCAACAGCUUAGCCCGACAACUACUGAUAUCGCAUGACGGAGUUUUCACAAAGUUUGCAGCUUCUGGUGGAGAGGGCAUGAUCACAAUCCUGAGGAGAGCACAGUCCUCACUGACCUACAGCUCCCUCUGCAUACCAGAUGACAUCGCUGAGCGUGGACUGCACUCUGCACCAAACUUCUACUACAGAGAUGAUGGACUCAGGCUGUGGGAUAUCAUCCACAGGUUUGUGCAGGGACUGCUCCAACACUGCUACAAGAGUGAUGCUGAGGUCCAGGAAGAUUCCGAACUGCAGAGCUGGAUUGUGCACAUUUUUGAGCAUGGAUUCCUUCUCCAAGACAGCACAGGAAUUCCCAACAGUUUCUGCACUGUGGCUGAGGUGGUCAAGUUUGUCACCAUGGUUAUUUUCACCUGCUCAGGCCAACACUCUGUUGUCAGCUCCGGACAGUAUGACUAUGGUGGUUGGAUGCCCAACACUCCUAUCUCCCUGCAACGGCCUCCGCCUACCAAAAAAGGGACAACGAGUGAGGCCACCAUGCUGCAGAUGUUCCCCGACAUCAGUACAACAGUUCACGGCAUGAGCACCAUGUGGCUCCUCAGCAGGCAUUCCACUGACUUUGUCCCGCUUGGCCAUUACCCAGAGGACCAUUUCACUGAGGAAGUUCCCCGCAAGAGGAUUCAUGCUUUUCAAGAAGACCUUAAACAUUUAAAUAAAGAUAUCAAAACCAGAAACAAGAGUCUGGACAUCCCAUACACAUACCUGGACCCAGCAGUGGUGGAAAAUAGUGUGGCCCUUUGAAUAUCAGAGGAUGUGACCUCUGGAUUAGCUGUUGGUCUAAUUCAACCUCACAUUUACAUUAAAGGAGGCAUGAUGAAAAAAAUAAAUCUUUCUUUAGUUUGAGCUGAUAUUAAAGUGGAAAGCAAAAACUGUUAUGUAAUGCAAACAUCAUCAUUGUAUGCCAUUUUUAUGCAGCUGUAUUGAGUUGUGAUGCACAGUUCUUUUUAAGCUUCUAACAAACAAAAUCUUCUUACAAGAACUAAACUUGGCAAUUUACCAUUUUUUAAAUUAUUUUUAGUCUCAACACAAGAAUCAAUAAAUCAUGUAUUUCUUAAACCAACAUCUAUGAAUAUUUUGUAGAUGCAUGUAACCAAUACAAAUAGCAUGAUCUGUAUGUGAGCCUGUCUGUUCUGAGUUGUAGAAAAC